GUACUAGUGAACACUGCCUGCUGUUUUCUGAUGCUGGUUGCUAAGCUAAUCCAGUAUAUGGUGUUCGGCCCUCUCCGUGUCAGCGAGAGGCAGCAUCUCAAGGAUAAAUUCUGGAAUUUCAUUUUCUACAAGUUCAUCUUCAUUUUUGGUGUGCUGAAUGUUCAGACAGUGGAAGAAGUGGUGAUGUGGUGCCUCUGGUUCUCUGGACUCGUGUUUCUUCAUCUUAUGGUUCAGCUCUGCAAGGAUCGCUUUGAAUAUCUUUCCUUUUCUCCUACCACACCCAUGGGCAGCCACAUCAGAGUCCUUGCCCUGCUCGUAGCCCUGCUCCUCUCCUGCUGUGGAUUAGCAGUUGUCUGUGGUAUUAUUGGCUACACCCAUGGCAUGCACACGUUGGCUUUCAUGGCAGCAGAGUCUCUGCUUGUGACAGUCAGAACUGCUCAUGUGAUUUUACGGUAUGUAAUUCAUCUCUGGGAUCUCAACCACGAAGGAACGUGGGAAGGCAAAGGCACUUACGUCUACUACACGGAUUUUGUCAUGGAGCUAACCUUGCUUUCACUGGACUUGAUGCAUCAUAUUCAUAUGCUGCUGUUUGGCAAUAUCUGGUUGUCAAUGGCGAGCCUGGUGAUUUUCAUGCAGCUGCGCUACCUGUUUCACGAGGUUCAACGAAGAAUUCGGCGGCACAAGAACUACCUGCGUGUGGUUGGAAACAUGGAAGCUAGGUUUGCAGUUGCAACACCAGAGGAGCUAGCAGUCAAUAAUGAUGACUGUGCCAUUUGCUGGGACUCCAUGCAGUCCGCACGUAAACUCCCUUGCGGCCAUCUCUUCCACAACUCGUGCCUGCGAUCCUGGCUGGAACAAGAUACAUCUUGCCCCACCUGCAGAAUGUCUCUUAAUAUCACUGACAGCCAUCACGUGAGGGAGGAUCACCAAAGGGAAAAUCUGGAUGAGAACCUGGUCCCUGUGGCUGUAGCAGAAGGCAGACCACGCUUGAACCAGCACAAUCACUUCUUCCACUUUGACGGCUCUCGAAUUGCCAGCUGGCUGCCCAGUUUUUCAGUAGAAGUGAUGCAUACUACAAACAUCCUCGGUAUUACGCAAGCCAGCAACUCCCAGCUUAAUGCUAUGGCCCAUCAGAUUCAGGAGAUGUUCCCUCAGGUUCCUUAUCAUUUAGUCCUACAGGAUCUGCAGUUAACCCGUUCCGUAGAGAUCACCACCGACAACAUCUUAGAAGGGCGCAUCCAGGUACCUUUCCCCACACAGCGUGCAGAUAGCAUUAGACCUGCAUUGAACAGUUCUGUGGAGCGGCACGGUACUGAUCAGGAGGAUACUGAAACUGCCACCCAGACUGAGAGAGUGCCACUUGAACUCAACUCAAGACUGGAAGAAAUGGUGGAAUUCAGCGAAAUGGAAGCAGAGCCCAGUGAAGCAGAAGAUUUUGAGGCCAGGGGAAGUCGCUUUUCCAAGUCAGCUGAUGAAAGGCAGCGUAUGUUGGUUCAGCGGAAGGAGGACUUGUUGCAGCAAGCUCGAAAGCGUUAUUUAAACAAAACCUCCGAUGAGGAGCUGACCACAGAGAAGCCCUCUCCUCUGCCCGAGGGAGCAUCCGCCGAUCCUGUCACCCUGCGUCGCAGGACGCUCGCUGCUGCCGCCGAACGGAGACUUCAGAUGCAGCAAAACUCUUAGCGCUCAUUGCCCCUCCUUCCUCCUCCUCGUGAGCAAUGUUGAAUAAAUGAAUUAAACACACACACACAAAAAAGCAACCACCCUGCGCUCUCUAUACCAGCAGGAAAGUGUCUCUUCAGAGUUCAGCUAGCUGUGCUGCUGAGCGAGCUGGCUGCCUCUCUGCUGUAUAAAGCAUGUGGUCUAAUAAUGUUUGGACAGCUGACAAAUUAACCUUUUUUGUAAUAUUUUCUAUGUGACGCUGAUCCCCUCCACAAACGAAAGGUGAUUUCUAAACCAGGGGCGUGAUUUCUGCAGCUAAGCAGGAGGAAUGGGCUGACUGUGCAGCAGAGGCUGGGCAAAAGCGUGUUCCAAACUAGCAGCUGCGGCUGUGCAGGUCGCGGAGGGCACUGCCGUCUUCAGUGCGAGAGCAGGGAGUGUCGCUCCAAGAGGGAAGAAAGCUAACUGCUAAAAAUGUGCAGCAAACCCUGUGUUAGAUGAGCAGGCGCCCACUCUUCAGUCCCUGUUAGUGUCGACACUGAAGGGUGUUACGUAGGCUGGCUUGAAGGGCUGGGGUGGCGUUGCUGGGAAGUGGGUUCUGAGACUGGAUAGAAGGUGUCUAGCUACAUAACGCAGGAAAAAAUGAAAUG